AUGCUGCCCAGGGCAGCUCGGUCGCCUUGCGUGCGCAUCCCCGCACGCUUCAUACGGCGCGGUCCCGUUGCACCGCGCUCUUCGCCAUGGCUGCCUGUAGCCUACAGCGCCCAGCUGAGGGCGUUUUCGACCACCCACAAAGGCCCGUUACUGAAACAGGCCGUCGACGAACCGCCUAUCGAACGCAAAUCGCCGAGUCCUGCCUCCACACCGUCGACACCACCCUCGAAGGACGCGGCUGUCGCGCAAUCCCCGAAGGAUGUCCCGAAGGCCUCCGAUACGGACAAGAAGAAGAAGAAGGACUUGCUCAGUGAGAGUACGGUCGCGACUAAAGAGCAGAGGAAAGCCGAUUGGGCGAUAAUGAAGGAAAUGGCAAAGUACCUUUGGCCAAAGGAUGAUUGGGGUACUAAACUACGUGUCGGAAGUGCAUUGUCACUAUUGGUAGGAGCCAAGAUUCUGAAUGUCGAAGUGCCCUUCUAUUUCAAGAGUAUUGUCGACUCGAUGAACGUGGAUUUUGCGGCUCUGGGGGGAACUGCAUACACGGUGGCGGGGUCCAUGAUCAUAGCCUGUAAGCAAUGGCUGCGUGGUUGCAAAUUGCAGGUGGCACAGUGUCUAACGAUAAUCGUCCAGACGGAGUAA